UGCUGGUGUUGGCCGAACUGGGACAUACAUUGCAGUAGACGUUAACCUUGACCAGGCUAAGAAUGAGGGCUUGAUAGACGUCCAUAAUUUUGUCCAACAGAUGAGGACAAUGAGGGUCAACAUGGUCCAGACACUGGAACAAUACAUGUUUGUUUACGAUGUUCUACUGGAAGCCUUAAUAUGUGGAGACACGUCAAUAACUCUCGAUUCUUAUCCAGACACCUUAUCAGAACUGCUGCAAUAUGAACAGAGUAUAGGGAAAACGAAACUAGAUGAGCAGUACGAGGUACUUAAAUUAGUAACAAAUACAAUGGAACGGGACGAAACGACGGUUGCUCUUCGUCCCGAGAAUAUAUUCAAGAACAGAUGUAAAAUGAUUGUACCGGCGAACAGAUGUCGACCGUAUCUGAUGACUCGGGUAGAGGAUUACAACGAUUACGUCAAUGCAAGCUUCCUCAAU